AUGCCCCAGGUAAUCAGCUACACGCCAGCAUGGCUCGGGAAAGGAACUCCUGGCUAUGACCUCUUUACUGGUGCUUCCAGAAAACCUGCGGGCACCUGUACCGCUUCCUUAAACGGAUCCAGCACGAGCAAAAAGAAGAAUGCGAAGCCGGGUCCUCGUCGAACGAUUGCGCGCCGCGGAACGGAGAUCUUUACAGCUGUUGGGAAGGAAAUACGAUGGGCAGAUCUUGCAUACCUGAAGGAAGCAUGGAUUCACGAGGAGGAAACGAAAAACGGCACUUCUAAAGGGAAGGGAAGGGAAGGCAGUCCAAGUCAAUAUGACGAGGAUCACGCUCAAGGGUACAGAACUCUCAAAGUCUCCUUAGCGGAAGACAUCAGGCAACUGAUCAUAUCUCCGCACACGAACUAUCUUGCGAUCCUAACGACGCAUACUGUACAUAUUGCAAUCUUGCCGGACUCAUCACACCUCACUGCUUUCGACACAAGCCCUUUGAAACCAAAGACGUACACGCUCGGCCCUGAAACACAUGUCACAUCACAGGCGGCUAUUGUUUCGGCUUUAUGGCAUCCCCUUGGAGUAAAUGGAUCUUGUUUGGUUACGGUGACGGAAGCUGCUGUGGUACGGGUCUGGGAGUUGUCCCUGGAUGAUCGCUGGUCUUUUGACAAGCCCACGCUCUCAAUAGAUCUCAAAAAGCUAGCAGACGGAACAUCUUUUGAUCAAGAUUUUGAAGCUUCGAAACCAGGCAUGAACACGGGCUUCUCACCUGAUUCUUUCGAAAUGGAAGUUGCAUCAGCAUGCUUCGCCGGCCGAGAGAGCGGUGGGUGGUCACCCAUGACUCUUUGGAUAGCGAUGAGGGAAGGCGACGUCUAUGCUCUAUGUCCUCUACUCCCCGAGAAGUGGUCGCCACCUCCAACUCUGAUACCAGCAUUAUCUGUAUCAAUCGUUGCCAAGGUUGCCGCCAUAGAAGAUGACCAAGACGUGCCCCAAGGCACCAGAAUUCUCACUCAGCAACAACUAGCAUGGAUGUCUGAUCUAGAUAAUCAAGAACCGGCCGAGGUUGCAUCUCCCUUGGGCGAUCGGCACUCAGACGUCUAUGCCAGGCCAACAAAGCCAGGAAAGGUUCCGAAAUUGCAAGGCCCUUUCGACUUUGAAUUGGCACCCGAGGAGUCGGAAGACGAGCUCGACAAUCUCUUAACUGACAUUUAUGUCAUUGGUCCGAAACUCGAUGUAGAUGAGUUGAUGUUCGGAGAAGAGAAUGACCUCGAAAUUGACGACCCCGGCAAUGGGCUAUCACUUGGGGUGGUUUGCUUGCUUACAAGCAGCGGUCGACUUUCUAUUUCGCUCGAUCUUGAUGGCGUAGAAGCACAAUGGCUUCCCAAACCCGGAUCUAAAGUUCUCAAAUUUACGGACGAUUCUGAUCCCCCGUCACUAUUGACAUUCCAAGUUCUCGACACGACACGGAAUGGGGAAGUUUGGGAAGGGAAUUGGCCCAUGUUCAGCAGCGACUUCACUUCACGGUACAGUUUCUUCGUUACAGAUACUUCCAGCGUCACUUAUAUAUCCCUAACGCCUUGGGUAUUUACUUUGGAAAACGAAUUGAGGGACAGCGGAGUUGGUGCCGAAUUCCGGAUUGAUCUAAUGGUCAAGGCACACAAUUCUUUUCGGGGGAGAAUUUAUACAGAACAGUCCAAAGAUCGAUUGUCUCCUCUUGCUUCGAGCGUAGCCAUGCGGGACCCGGAUCUUGGCUAUUUUAUCCUCACUGCAACACCAUACCAUCCAGUCGCGGUGAUUUUUGAGUCUCCGGACACCGGAGAAAUCGAAGAAAUCGGCCAUCAGUCUUAUUCCCCAACUUAUGACUCUGAGCCACUGCAACCUAUAAUUAACCCAAGACCUGUGUACCAACCCGCUCACGCCCUCGAGGAACAAUCUGCGCUCCCAUCGUUGUUAGAGAAGCUACGACAUAGCAGAUACAAGCGGCUACUGAAAGAAGACAUCCGAUUAUCACCAGCAACCCUUCAUGUGAUGACUGACGCUCACAAAGUUCUCAGCGAGGAAACUCUUCGAAUUGGAACUGCCGCAGCAGAGUUAUUCCGAAGAUGCGAACGCUUACAGAUCGAGCUGCAGAGUCAAAUCAAAGAGGUCCAUAAGGUUGCCGGACGUGUAGAUGAAAUUACUGGGGACGAUAGAGACGACCAACCCGCGGCCGACGUCAAUGAAAGAGUUGAGGCGCGAAUCUCAAAAGCCAGUAAACGGCAGAAGGAGCUGACGGAACGAAUUGAGAAAUUGAGGAGACAAGCUACCAAGGCAACUGGCCGCGAGCUGACUGACAAGGAGAGGGGCUGGGCUGAGGAGAUAGUUGAGGUGCAAAGUGCAGUUCUUGGGGAAGGGGACACAGUGGACGGUUUCGGGACGACGAAGCAGCCUUGGGUACGAUUCGACGAAGUCAAACAAUUGAAGGACGAGCUUCUGGACCAAGUUGAGGAUCUUGCCGCGGAAGAUGCAAGACCGGCGUCAAGAGGUGUGAAGGUACCUUCUGAGAUCAGAAAAGCAAAGAUGGCCCAGAUCACUGCAUUGUUGAAUCGCGAAACGGCGCUGGUGGAAGGUGCUAGAAACCGGCUGGACAGAUUACGAUCCUCUUAG